AAAGUGCUUUUUUACAAUUAAAAUGUGCUUUGUAGUCGUCUGAAUAGUGUUUUCCAAUCGAGUGAAAAACGAACGACAUGAAAUUGAAUAAAAUGGAUCAGACUGAGCAGAUGGAGACUUUACCUCAAGUUCCUUUUUUUACUCAAGAAGAUUGGGAAGCAAUUGAAGGUCUUUUAGUACAGAGCCCAACAGCAGAGUCACUUUCUUCAGUCGAAGAUAGAAAGGGUGAGUUCAACGGCAAGGAUAUCCCAGCUAGUUCGGUGACUGUAACUGCACCAAAUACCGUGAAUAGUUUAUUAGAAACAAUAAAAAGUGGAAAUGGCGUUAGUGAUGCCUUUGAAGUCGUUCAGAAUUGUCUCCGGGAAGCAGAGUCAAGCUGUGUGGAGGAAUAUGUGAGCGAAGGAAAUAAAGUUGUCAAACUUCGUGAUCAAGUCUUGCAGUGCGACACAGACUUGAACGAAAUAGAGCAGAAGAUAACUUAUUGGUCCAGUCGUUUAGCUCUCUUAUCGAGGACUACCCAAGAAUACUACGAAGAAGCUAUCUUAAUGAACGAGCGUUUGUUACGCGAAAAGCAGUCACACGGGACUAUUUUGCAAUUCUUAGAAAACGCUACGUUAUCUUCGGAAUUAGUUUCAGGAAUAAUAGAAUUGGACCCCUCUAACAAACAAUUCGUUCAGUAUCUAAUUGAACUUCAAGAAAAGGUUUAUUUUCUCUCAAAACCUGAAACUCGGGAGUGUGCGGUGAUCAAGGAUAUUCAACCAUUUACACAAAAAAUGAUAAGUCGCGCGAGUGAGAAGGUAAAAGAUCAUUUGCAGUCAAAGAUACAAAUGCUGCAGAGUCCGAACACCAACGUACAAAUUAUUCAGCAAAAUGUUUUGUUGAAGCAAAAAGAGUUUUUCAGAUUUCUUCGUCAGUGUUCUCCAAAGAUAUAUAAGGAAAUAGAAAAUUCAUAUGUAUCUGUAAUAUCUGGAAUCUAUCAAAGCCUAUUUAGGAAGUACACGGACGGAUUAUUAGCAUUGAAGCAGGAAGUGAAUCUCAAAGGAGAGAAUUUAAUCGAUGGAAGCUGGUUUGGUCCAAACUUUGGAGGUUCCUUUGUUUCAACAAGCAGCACUGGUGCAUUUGUAUUGGGGAACCGUAUAGAGUCGUUGCGUAAAUUGGAAGAACCGGCAGUCGUUUUAGCCAUUGCCAAAGAACGUCGUCGAAGGUUGUUUAUAGAAGAGAUAUUUCGAUGUUUGAUUAAGCUGUUAGUUGACACUUGCACAUCCGAAUUUCUUUUUGCGUUGGAAACUUUUGGCCCAGAAUCUGACAUGCUCGUUUUUCAGAUACUUAGAGAUGUCUUUGCGUUAUGCUUUGGUACAUUUGAAAGACAAUUAACAUCAACUUUUGACCUUUUUGGCUGUUUACUCAUCAUGAAACAGAAUGAAUUGUUUCGGAAUGUCAUGGCGACUCGUGAGAUUUCUUUGAUGGAUGACUUUUUUGUAAAAAUGGAUAUCUUGGUAAAGCCUCGUUUCCAAGAACUGAUACAACAAAGCAUACAAAAUGUUGCACAAGCAUCAUCCAAGCCGCUAUUUCCUGGUCAAGAAGACGUGUCUCCUUUAGCACUUACUAGACGCUAUGUAGAAUAUGCUUCAGGACUUAUUCAAGUUAUGGUUGAGAUGAGCACCAGUGACAAGAUGCUGGAAGAAAAUAUCAAACGACUACGAAUGGAAUAUGUGAGUUUAUUGAACAGAAUAGGAAAUCAUUAUUCUAGAAAGAAGUCUCGGUCAUUGUUUGUAGUAAAUAAUUUAGAUCUAAUAUGUCUCGUCUUGGAAGAACGGAAGCUGGAACACACGGAAGAAUAUUCUUUUUAUGAAUCCAUUUUAUCCAAGCAGAUAAGCACAAUUGUAGAGUUGGAACUGGAAGAGCAUUUUUCUGAUUUUAUGGUAUUAUUCAAUCGGUAUUCCAAAGAUCAUUCAAUAAUGGAUAACAAUGGUGAGUCACAAUUCAAGAAAAUUUUGAAAGAAUUCUCGUCAAACUGGAAGACCAGUUUGGAACACAUUCGAGACAAUACAUUGGAUAAUUUUCCGAACUUUGAAAGAGGAAAGGAUGUAAGAAAGAAGACUAUGACUAGACUAUUAACGUGCUAUCGAGAAAUUUAUCAAGCUAUCGAAGAAAAGCAUAACUCAUCGUAUAGUGCUUUACCUAGUGUUAACAGUUUGAUUCAUGAGAUUCGAAAAUAUGUUGAGAAUUUUUGAAGACUCGAUGCUUUGGUAUUACUCAACAUAACAGUUCCUAUUCUUGACCGUGUAAUUUCAUCUAU